UCGUCCAGCAACCCUCUCGCUCCCCGCGCCACACGCACGCACAGCCCACGAUGGCGAGAACCGGAGCGCGCGGCCGGUGCCAAGCCCUCCUGCUCGCCGCUCUCGCGCUCUGCGCCACGUGCGCGUGCGUGCCGGCAGCCCACGCGGGCGCGCUGCGGGCGUCGGCCAUCUCCGCGGCGCCGGAGCCGUCGCAGUACCCGCUGCUGCAGCCGCGCCACGGCGGCCGCCACGCGAGCGCCCCCUCCGCGCUCUCGCCGUCGCUCUCGCUCUCCCCGGACAUAAUGCCGCUGCUCCCCUCCCCGGGCCCCGGCGACGACGCGCUGGCGCCGUCCGACGUGGCGGCCACCAUCCCGUCCAGCCCGAGCCCGCCCAACCCCGACGCGCUCGAGCCCGACUCCGCGUUCGCGCCCUUCGGCUCCGCCGCGCCCGCCGCCGUCAGCGGGAUGCAGUCCUCCGCGCCGCCGGCUCCCCGCGUGGCGUGGGCGGCGCUCCCGGCAGUGGGGCUCGUGGCCGCCAUGUGGUUGGCGUAGCGGAUAGGACAGGGUGGGGGACGGCGGCAGCAAUCCGCCAGGCCUCAGGCGUGCAGGGAAAGUUGGCCACUCGGUUGGUCGGUCGGCUGGGGCAGGAUUCGCAUGCGCUCCCUCCAACCGAAGAGAAAGUUACCUUUUAUUUCUUCACAAUGUUCUUGGUCACCUCUUGUAAAUUUCAUUCUUAGUUGAUAUAUUGUUCCUCUGGUGCUAUAUUCUAUAGCCUUUUUCUUUUUGUGAUUUUUGAUGUGGGGAGAUUGUUUGGGCCAUUCUUGUAAUAGGAUUAGACUGGAUGGAUUAUUAGUUGAUGAUUAUAAUGUAUUGUCAUUUCUUGGGA